GAGACAAAAUAAUAAAAUAUGUACAUUUCAACAUUACAAAAAGCCCGCCAAUUAUUUUGAUACCCACUAAUGACAAUUUGCCACUGGUAGCGCUGAUGUCAGCGUUCAGUUUUCGUGAGCCGGACUAAUCAAUAUAAUAUGUAUACAAUCAAUAAUUUUACUAAAACAAUUAGUUUUUUUACAGGAAAUAAUGAGGGCCUUAUUGGAAAUAAUGAAAGCCUUAUUGCUUUGAUGCAGAGAAGCAAAGGGUGGAAAUUGAGUAAUAAGAUGCCAACGACGCACCCAAAGUACUCCCACUAUGAGGGCAAAGCCGAUCAAUAUGGAGUGUAUUCUCGGGAACACUCAGAUGCCAUUUAUGACAUUGUUACAGCGGAUUUUUUUAAUGAACUUGAUAAAUUAGAAAAAAUAGAAAACGCAUAUUAUACAGAUGACUCUUUAUCAGAUUAAGAGACCAUAAUUUUAUUAUAUGUACUUCAAUUGCGAUAUUCUACAUAAAUUUUAAUUUAUAUACAUUAUUGUAUUUUAUG